AUGCCUAUCCCAAUCAGCACAAUCACCACCUUCCGCACAACCUUCAAUCCCUUCUCCCACGCCUCUAGACCAUGCCGUCUAUUCCUUUCUCUACUGCGCACUCCCAACACCGCCGCCGGUAGCCCAACUCACAUCGAUAUCAAGGUUAAGCAACUGCCCCGCGCCUCCACAGAGCAACCCGUCAUGACCGUCGGCUUCAAGGGUGGAAAGGAAUUGACUCUAGAGGUUGGAAAACGUGGAAUGAAGAUUGGUGAUGUAGUUGAGGAGAUCUCACGAGUUGGUCGACAACUGGAGCGCGAGGCUAGUCUGAAGAGCUAG